AUGUCUUCGUUACGAUUGACCAUCGAGGACGGCCAGUUCCGCGACGGCUAUGGAAGACAAGUCGUGCUUCGAGGCCUCAACAUCGCCGCCGACGCCAAGCUCCCCAGCGAACCCGACCAGCCUUCCCACAUUGCCGACGACUUCUUCGACGGGGACAAUGUCACGUUCCACAAUCGCCCGUUUCCUAAAGAGGAGGCUCAUGUUCACUUCUCGAGGAUAAAGCGCUACGGCUACAACACUAUUCGCUAUGUCUUUACGUGGGAGGCCAUCGAGGCCGCGGGCCCGGGUCGCUAUGAUGAGGAAUGGAUUCAGCAUACAAUUGAGAUCCUGAGGAUAGCUAAAGACUAUGGUUUCUACAUCUUCAUGGAUCCCCACCAGGAUGUGUGGUCUAGAUUCUGCGGUGGCUCCGGCGCACCCAUGUGGACCAUCUACGCCUGCGGCUUGAACCCCCAGAGCUUCUCUGCGACCGAGGCCGCCCUGGUGCAUAAUACGUACCCGAAGCCCGAAGAGUUCCCCAAGAUGAUCUGGUCGACCAACUACUGGCGCCUCGCUGCCGCCACCAUCUUCACAAUGUACUUUGGUGGUAGGGACUUUGCACCCAAGUGCAUCAUCAACGGCAUCAACAUUCAGGACUUUCUGCAAGGCCACUUCGUGGCGGCGUGCGCGCAUCUCGCCAAGCGUAUACACGAGGCCGGCGACCUCGAGAAUGACGUCGUCAUCGGUUGGGAGAGCAUGAACGAGCCCGGCUGCGGGUUGGUCGGAUACCAGGACAUCAGCGUCAUCCCGAACGCCCAAAAGUUGAAAAAGGGCUCAUGUCCCACCAUCUGGCAGUGCAUCCUUACCGGCUCUGGCCGUGCGUGCGAGGUGGACACGUGGGAUAUGGGCGGUAUGGGCCCCUACAAGGUCGGCCGCUCGCUGGUGGACCCCCAUGGCGAGAUGGCCUGGCUGCCGGCCGAUUAUGACGACUCGAGAUACGGCUGGAAGCGAGACGAGGGUUGGAAGCUUGGAGAGUGUGUCUGGGCCCAGCACGGCAUUUGGGACCCCAAUACCGAUACGCUCAUAAAGAAGAACUACUUCUCCAAGAACCCCAAUACGGGCAAGACGAUUGACCACCCGGAAUUCACCAAUACCUAUUUCAUGCACUCAUAUCGCCUGUACAGAGACGCUAUCCGACCGAUUCACAAGGACUGCAUCAUGCUGAUGCAAUACCCAACGCUGGAGCUGCCGCCUCAGAUCAAGGGCACCGAGGACGAUGAUCCGCUGAUGGCCUUCUCGCCUCAUUGGUACGAUGGCAUCACUUUGAUGACGAAACGCUGGAACAGGGUGUGGAACGUGGACGUCGUCGGUGUGUUGCGUGGACGGUACUGGCAUGAGGCUCUGUCGGUCAAGGUCGGUGAGACGGCCAUCCGUAACUGCUUCAAAGAUCAGUUGGCAUCCCUGAGGCAGGAAGGUCUAGACCGCAUGGGUAACCAUCCCUGCGUGAUGACCGAAUUCGGCAUCCCAUAUGAUAUGGGCGAGAAGAAGGCGUAUAAGACGGGCGACUAUGCAGAUCAGUCAGCGGCCUUAGACGCCAACUAUUUUGGUGUCGAAGGGUCAGGGAUGGAGGGGCAUUGCCUGUGGGUUUACGUUGCAAAGAACACACACCAAUACGGCGAUCUUUGGAACGGCGAGGAUCUGUCAGUCUUCUCACUAGACGACAAGACGCUACCCAUGUCGCCCCUCCCCCGCAGCCCGUCACCCGGCCAGUCAUCGGAGCUGAAGCGCAAUUCCGUGAGCAGGGACGUACCUGACGAGUCAACAGUCACGCCGCAAAACCUCCAAAGCAACAUCACCAACCCGUCGAUAUCUUCAGCGCCAUCCAAGGACCCGGAGCUGACCAAUGCACCCGGCCUACGCGCUGCCGAGGCCUUUGUCCGCCCAUCUCCGUGGGUUGUCGCGGGCGACGUCCUGCAAUACGGCUUCGACCUGCGCACCUGCUCCUUCACGCUCAAGCUCAAGGCCUCGGCGCCCCCCUCGGAGGCGGCGCCGACGGUGGUGUUCCUGCCCGAGUUCCAUUACCCGCAGGACAGCUCCACGGUCGAGGUGAGCUCCGGCAAGUGGUCCAUCAGCAUGGACGACGAUGAGGGCUCGCUGGUGCAGAAGCUCAAGUGGUGGCACGCCGACGGGGUGCAGACGCUCAAGGUGACGGGGCUGGCGAGGCAGCAUAAUGUCCUUGAGGGGUCCGAAGAGGACAUGGGGUACCUGGAGCAGUGCCAGAAGAACUACGCGAACUGCGGCGUCAUGUAA